GAUAGAAAGAAACCAUCGUUGAUAAUGCAAACGAUCCGCUAAGCAACGGUGGUAAGCCCUGAAAAUUAGGAAAUGCAUGAUGUAUCAUGUUACAUAAUGGUUGCAUUGACUAGUGACAGUUAGCCAGACAAACGGUGUGAUGUUUUUAUGUUUAGUUGUUGAGAAUAUAUAGGGUACGUGUAGUUCACCCACCUGAAGAUCAUCGCGUCGACAACACAAAGACAAGAUAAUAUUUCCAUGAGAUCUCAUGAUUCAUUGUUGCUGAUAGUUCUUUCCAAAAGGAAAAAUGAACUGGGAAAGUAAAUUUUCGUCAAUUGUCCAAGAAACAGAAGCCAACUUGGCGAAGGUGAAACAAAAGUUAAGAAGUAAAGCAAACCUGUCUCCGGAUACAGUUUCCUUAGACUACACUCCAUCUCCCCUCUUGUCUACAUCACUGGGCCACUACCCAGCAUCCUCUACUCCUAGAAGUCGACUGACAGACAGAUAUGGUCACAACAUGAUCAACUCUAACAUACGUCAGGAGCUCACUGGGAUGCCACAGUCCAGUACCUUACAACUACAGGAGAAAAUUGAAGAACAGAAUGCGACAAUAAGUCGACUGAGCAAGUCAGUGCAGAGUCUGGAGAAGGAGAGAGGAGAGUACCAGAACCAGAUCCAGAUGCUCAGAAGUGAGCUGAGUGAACUAAGCAGCCACGUAUUGGGGAGGGGCAGUGGCAACCCUCACCUUGAAUGGCAGAUGGACCAGAUCAAGCGAGACCUCAAACGGGAAGUCAAGGAUGUUAGAGAUCAACUUCAGCUUUUUAGGACUCGGGUAGACCAUCACUCUACAUCUGAUCACACGUCCUUCACAGCAUCCAGAGAUUUAGAAGAAGUUCGGCAAGACAUUCAGGAGGAGCUGCGAUACAUCAGAAAAGAUCUCGAUGUCCUCAGGAGAAGAGUGGGGUCUGUAGAAAUGGAUGUGAUGGGAGCUCACUAUGACAAGAGAGAUCUGGAGAGGUCACAGGACAGGAUGAACAAGUCCUUGCAUGAAAUCACAAAUGGUCGGACAAGGAAUCUGACUGAGAUCUUGAAGACGUGUCCUGAUGCUGACCGGAGUCUUGGACACACGCAGCUGGAACAUCUCAGGAGCACAGUACGGACACUAAAGGACAAACUGAACACUGUGGAUGCCCGUCUAAAUGUUACAUCAGCAUCUCCUCACAACAGCAACACUAACAGCUACAAGUCACGAACAACUAAAUCCUACCGAACAUCCCGUCGCGCAGAUGUAGACAUAGACUCAGAGAUUGACGAUGAUGACCUUGACCUUGAUGACCUCUCUGACCUUGAGGACUCAGACACAGAACCUUUGUCCUCCAACAACAAAUACACCUCAGCUAGGAAAGCCCGCAAGACAAGGGGGAGACCUGACCCAGAGCUGAGUGACAGCGAUGAUGAUGUAGAUGUCAAUGAAGCUUCAAUAGAUAGUGGGGACUUGGAGGACGAUGACCUUGAUGACAUCCAGGACCUACAUAUAGAUGACGAUGAUGACAUUGAUGACAUAUAGAAACUGCAAUCUUCAGCAGACCCUCGCAAUACGUGGCUCAAGUCCUGUCAUACCACAGGGUACGAAACUAUUACCUACAGGAAUGUUAAUGUCAAUACCGGAGUUCAUGGGAGAGUAUUCCUGUGAGUAAUGAGCUAAGCUAAUCACUAUCAUAUCUGGUGCUGAGCCUCUGCAUAUCCACUAAAGUUAUAAAACUGUAUUUUUUUAUUAAAACCCAUUCAACUGUUUCUGUUGAUUAGUGGGCUGCAAGGACUCUGCAUUCACUAAAUUAUGUCCCUUGGGUGUCUACAUUCAAGUAGCCACAUGAUAAACUUCCCGUCUAUCAAUGUCAGCACCGGUGGUUGUAUAUUUCUCGGUUUCAACUGCUGGUAUGAGAAUAUGCGUAAAUAUCCAUUCCACCAAGUUGUGUACAUGUUUUGUUACAGCUGAGUCAAAUCAAACAUCACAUUGGAUUCAGUUGUGAGUUCACUUUCACCUAUUGACAGACCACUAUACUGGAUGCUGUGUGUCUAUGCAUAGUGCCCUGUGAACUAUACCAAAGAUAUUUACUUUUUAUUUUCUAGUAUAUAGACUACAUAUAUAUCUCAAACCAGUAUAAAGUUAUCCACUGUUCCUUGUCAAAAGAUUGUCCAAUUUGUAUGUAUUGUUCCAUUAAUUUGUGCAUGCCUUUAUAAGAAAGCCUUAUUUUUGCCUCACAUAUUUUAUUAUUUACAGUGAUUGUGCUCAAUAUGCUGCUCAUACAUGGUGUAUGAUUGUGAGAAAUAUUACCUGGUGUGUGAGUGUAUCAUAUGUGUUGAGCAAAUGAAGUGUCCCAUGAUAGCAAUAUAUAUAUUUAUGCCAUUUCCCACUUACCUGUAAUGGAGUAGAUGAACACUGGUGUAAGAUGAAGCUCAACAGAUACAUGCAAGUACUUCACUGGAGACGUGUGGUCCAGCACCAGUGAUAGCAUCACCCAGGGGUCGAUUUAACUGCUGGCCCAUUGGCCAAUGGCCAGUUAAAAUAUGAAAGGCUUGCUGCAACGAAAUGUACAUGGCCCGGCUGGCAACUCAAAAUUCACCCCUUCUCUGUGUGUGGUCAAUUUUUUUUGAGAGAGAGAGAGAAUCUGCUUUGGACAAACACUGCCUUGAAAGCAUCCUCCGCUUUCCAUGUGACCAUCAUGUUGGUGUUGCAACAGGUAUUGGAGGAAAGUAUUGGGAUUAUUGUAUUUUACCACUCAGUCAAACUGUUCACACGCUAAAGCCCAAAUGUUUGUGACAAGAUACAGUAGACCCUGUCUGCGUCAUGUGUGUGUGGAUGUGAAUGUUUUCAUGGUAUUCUGUUGCCAGUUGCCCUCCCUCCACUUACAACCCUCACCCUGGUUCAUGUAUAUCGGACAUACAUUUCUUGGUUUUGUCAAAGAGAUAAUGAUUAGUAAUUCUUUAAUUGUGACAUAUUUGAUAUUUACAUACAUACAAGUUUUGAGUUCCAUACAAAAGAUCCAAGAUAUCUGGAAUAUUAUUCAUGUUGUUUUCAUUUGUUUGAUUAAUAGAUCACCCGGCAAUCUCCCCAGCAUUUUAUCAAGACUGCAUCACAUAUUUUGUUUUUAAUAUUUUUAUCAAUAUCUUAAGACAGUAACUUUGAUAUUGACAUGGCUGACAGGUCACCUUAACAGUGAGUGAGUGAGUAUGGUUUUACGCAGCUUUUAGCAAUAUUCCAGCAAUAUCACGGUGGGGGGACACCAGAAAUGGGCUUCGCACACUGUACCCAUGUCGGGAAUCGAACCCAGGUCUUCGGCAUAGGUCACCUUAACAACCCCAUUGAGAAGUUUACUGUGGGUGAUAAACAGCUAGCUGUGUGGAUAUAAAUAUACUACUCAAAAGAAGUUAAGAACUUAACUAUAGUAAUAUGAACAAAUCAGGUAGUCCUUAACUUCAUUUGAGUAGUAUACAAAAGAAAAACAUUUGAUAUUCAGUUUUGAUAUAUCAUUACUGGAGAAAUAUUACAUAGGUAAAAGUCUGCAACACAUUACCUGAAGAUUCCAGUACUUCCUGUAGACGGGCACAUGUUGCUGUGGUUAUCAGUAUUAGAGGUUCUCCCCCCACCCCCCAGCACUGGCAGCUGGUGCAGCAAUAUAACACUACUCAAUGUCAGAGUAUAUAUAUAUGUGUGUGUAUUUAAUGUUAUUCAAAGUCAUGUAAUUGAUGAUAAUAAAGUUAAACCAUACUCUU